GUACCUCUUCAAGUAAAGGACUAUCUUCGUCUGGAUCCAGUGGGGGCAAAAUUCAGACAUUAUCACCAGCUCAUAAAAACUCAUUGGGAAUGGUGAACCCACAAGCAGGUAAAAUGGACAAGUUAGGCUCAUCACUGCGAACUGGAAGACAUGUGCAAAGGUUUAAUGACACUGAUACAAAAACAGACAGUACCAUCAAAAGACCAAAUGAAUUGUUGCCUUUAAAGAAAGGCUCAACAAAAACACGGACAUCAACCCCUCCUAGUGUGGCAAGAACCAUGAGCACGGGUGCUCUAACAAACAAAAGAAAAACUAGCAAUUCAGACAGUUACUCAAGGUCUAAUGGUAAAACUGGGUAUGACAGUGGAGACUGCCCAUCCUCAGUGAAUGGAGGAAGUUCAAAAAGCAGCGAAGGAAAUUCACCUGGACAGUUAUCAAAGUUCUGCCAUGAAUGUGGAACAAAGUAUCCAGUGGAAUGGGCGAAGUUUUGCUGCGAGUGUGGAAUUCGAAGAAUGGUUGUGUGA